CGCUCUCUCCCUCGUUCUUUCCGUCUCCCUUCAUUUUUAUUAUUCUUUUCUCUGCUUCUUUGCCUUUUUUUUUUUUCUCUCUCUUGCAUAUACCCAUAUCCACACACGCGCGCACACCCACACACACCGUCUAUGUAGGACUCGUUUGCUUUAUUUGUUCCUUUUCUUAACGUUGUUUCGGAUUAAUGAGUAUAAUUUGUUUGCUGCGGGUGUGAAUUGUUGAAUUUAACUGCUUUUCUGUCCUUGAAAUUUUGAGUUGUUAAGGAAGGACAAUAGUCGAGUGAAUUUAGUGGCCCGGAGGAUUAGCGUAUCACGUGAUUCUAUGGACUUGUUCAGUAGGAAAGGAGAAUUUUGCGUUUUGUAUUUUAAUUUUCGGGCCGAAUUAGUGUUUUGGAUUUCUAUGAAAGAGGGAGGGCUAAUGGAAUGCGUAGUGAUAACACUAUUCAAUUGCGGGUGCAUAGCCUGCCGUAAAGUUGAUGUGCUUAUUUAGUUGUAUUGGGUGUAGAACGUGGCGAAGCAUAAAGAAAUGUGCUUGGUUUUCGUCAGAACUCUAGUUAUGAUUAAUUGUUGAUGCAAAAAUAUCAUGUUUGUGUUGUGAUUCAUCAUCAUUCAUAAUAUGUUAUGCUGCUUGAAUUCCUGUUCUCUUCAUCAAUUAAUGCAUUUUAGGCAAGCUAACAUCUAAGACGCGUUACACCCUUUUUUCUUUUUCCAUGUUUCCUAUUAUUUUCUUUUCUUUUAUUUUUCUCCUUUCCUGGUUUGAUUGUUUAGGGCCAGAAUAUCCUGGAUCCCUAGCUUAGCUCUCUUGUAAUCUUAGAGAAAUGCUGAAAAUGAUAGAACGUUUGGUGACUUAAGAGUAUGUGGUUGCUAGUAAACGUUACAUAGAUGUGAUACAAGGUUUAGUACUUCUUGUGUUUUGGUAUAACAGCUGAAGGACAAUUGGAGCUGGAAGGAGCUGUGGUGUCUUCAGCCUGACAUUUGCUAAUAUCUCAUGCUGUCUUUGGCUUAAUUGGUUUCGUGCUACGUAUCUCUUGUUUUUUCAGUCUUCGGAUGCUGCUGUGCUUCCGUUUGUGUAGAGCUUUGUUUCUGAUUACAAUAGUUCAGCCUUUUGGUCUGUCUUACAAUUGGAAAAUGAUAUUUGUGGCUUUAUAACAUAGAAUAUCAUGAAAGGAUUCAAAAGAAUAGGUUGCCCCCUAGAAUUUAGGUGCUCUUUCUUUCUUGCUUGAUUUGAAGAAUAUCAGCUUCCACAGAGAAACUUAGGAUUAUAGUCAUUGAGGUCCUUCUAUAUUUAAAUUAAGGCUACAAGAACUCCUAUUGUGGACUAAUAGAUAAGGCAGGUCAUUGAAUCUACAGUCCACUUGUCCAAUGGGGACUGGGGAAGAAAGCACCCCUGCAAAGCCUUCAAAACCUACAUCCACAAAUCAGGAAACUCCUGCUACCCCUUCAUAUCCUGACUGGUCAACCUCUAUGCAGGCUUACUAUGGUGCUGGAGCUACUCCACCCUUUUUUGCAUCAACUGUUGCUUCUCCUAGUCCCCAUCCCUAUUUAUGGGGCAACCAGCAUCCUCUGAUGCCACCUUAUGGCACUCCAGUUCCUUAUCCAGCGCUAUAUCCAGGGGGAGUUUAUGCUCAUCCUAGCAUGGCAAUGGCUCCAGGAGCGGUACAGGCUCCUAUAGAGUCGGAUGCAAAAGCUCCUGAUGGGAAAGACCGGAACACAAACAAAAAACUCAAGGGUCCUUCAGGAAACCCUGGGUUGAUUGCUGUCAAGGCUGGGGAGAGUGGGAAAGCGGCUUCAGGCUCAGGAAAUGAUGGUGCAACUGAUUGUGCUGAAAGUGGAAGUGAAGGUUCAUCUGAUGGAAGUGAUGAGAAUAAUAACCAUGAACUUUCUGCAACAAAGAAAGGCAGCUUUGAUCAAAUGCUUGCAGAUGGAGCCACUGCACAGAACAAUACUUCUGUAGCAAAUUUUCAGAAUUCAGUGCCUGGGAAUCCUGUAGUCUCCGUGCCUGCUACUAAUCUAAAUAUUGGAAUGGACUUGUGGAAUCCAUCUUCUGCAGCUUCUGGAGCCAUGAAGAUGCGUCCAAAUCCUGGUGUCUCACCUGCUGUUGUUCCUGGCAUGAUGACUGACCAGUGGAUUCAGGAUGAGCGAGAGUUGAAAAGACAGAAGCGAAAGCAAUCUAAUCGUGAGUCUGCCCGGAGAUCAAGAUUACGCAAACAGGCUGAGUGCGAAGAGUUGCAGCAGAGAGUCGAGUCACUGAACAGUGAAAAUCGUGCACUUAGGGAUGAGCUACAAAAGGUUUCUGAGGAAUGCGAGAAGCUUACAUCCGAAAAUAACUCUAUUAAGGAGGAGUUGACUAGGUUGUGUGGACCAGAGGCAGUAGCUAAAUUAGAGAGCAGUAGCAUCACCCAACUUGAGACAAAUGGUGAUGAAGAUGACCAUUGAGAGAAGUGAUUUCAGAUAAAGUGACUCAGUUUAUAAUUGCCCGGAAAUUAUGCAAAGUACCUGAGAAAUUUAUUACUCUAGGGUUGAUUAGGUAAAGAAUGUUUGGUUUCUACUAAUUAUACAGUUUAACCAUAUCUCAGUUGUAACUGUAUCAUUAUACUGUCGAAUUCCGACAUGAGCUCAGUUUGUGCUCAGUUUGGUGUACUAGUAGUCAAUUGGAGAAAUAGAAGAAAGAGUAGUUUUUGGGUGA